AUGCGUGAGCUGGAAGCAGAGGGAAAGUACGGAAGGGCCAGCGAAGAGCUGUUGGGCAAAGGGUGUCCUAUUGAGAGUGCGCACGUACGCCUUCUCUCACGCCUCUGUCGGGGAUCCAACCCUCCCACAGCUGGCCUCUCCCUUCGUUUCACUCUAUUCUUCUUUUCCCUUCCAAAAUCAAUUGUUUCUCAUUCUCUUUACAUAUUUUGCAACAUGGUGGUUCAUCAAAUGAAAACAUUAAAUGUUGUAACUCUUGCAAACCAAAACCAGAUGUUCUUCUCCCUGCCUUUUCUCCACCUCCAGCUCAUUAACAAUUUGGGCGAGUUGCAUGUUCAGAUUUUAAAUAUUGCCGUUAGGAUGAGCCUCUACAAGUUGUUGACCACUGCUGUUACCACACUCCAGCGAAGAAUUUUGAGUUAG